AUGGGUGGUUUUUUGUCCGCCGCCAGCUGGUCGGGUUCCGGCUACCGUACGUGCUACGGGGGGUGCGUCGUGGUACCCGCGUAUUUUGUCUACGAUGCUGAGCUGUCGGCUCGCUCGUAUCCGGGGGGAAACAAAUAAAUAAAUAAAUAGUGGAACGUGCGCACCACCAGCCUGGGGGGUAGCCUUCCGGAAGGACGCCAAGGGUCAGCAGUACGUGCCAGUAAAAAACAAAGCAAAAUGAAACGAAAUAAACCAAAGACAGACGAGGACAUAAACAAACUUGCACAGAGACAGGGAUAUCCG